AUGACAGACGCUGUCCCUAAGAAGAGAGGGCCGAAGACGGAUGUGUUAGAGGCAUUAUUGAAGAGGGUCGAUGGAUUGGAAAGGAAGUUGAAAGACGAGACGAAGUCAUCCGCAAAUGAUCGGACACCCAGGCCAGACAAACAAAAUCCAACUCAAGACCCCAAGGUUCAACUCGACACCAACAAUGCUAGAGCAGAACCGGCCGUCUUCUCACCUAUAACAGUCAGCGAACCUUCCCCGGUGGUACAACAUGAGCUUCUUAUCGACACAUAUUUUUCACGAUGCCACGGCAAACCCUACUAUAUCCUCGACGAAACGCCGACACGACAACGAAUACAGUUUGACCAACUGCCUCCCUAUCUUCUUCAUGCCAUCUGUGCGGUCAGCGCUAGAUAUACCGCCCACCCCAAUGGAUAUCAUGCUGCGGUCAGGUCGAGCGAGGACUACGCCUUGCGGGCAAGGGCGGAGCUGGACAUCGACGACCCAUCUAUCGACUGUUUACAAGCCCUUUUAUUACUGGCGAUGGCGUUUACUGCGGCUGGCAAAGGGAAGAAAGCCUUCAUGAUGCUAGCGAGUGGCAUCGGUAUGGCUGUGGCUCUAGAAUUACAUCGGGAAUCUGACAAUAAAACCGGACUUCAUGCUGCCGAGAAGGAAAUGAGAAGGAGGCUAUUCUGGACAUGCUAUGUGAUGGAUCGAUUUGCUGCCUGUGGUUCAAAACGGCCUUCUCUAUUAGCGGAUAAGUCGAUUCAAGUAAGGCUCCUUGCCUGGUCACCAAGUCCCACGGCACCCCUAGUCGAAGGAGAGUUCUUCCAAAACGGUUCAAAUCUCCAGUAUUAUGGUGGAUCUGGAAAGAAAUGUCAAGGCAGCAGCGGUAUGUUGAUUGACAUCGUGCGGAUUCUGGGCAACACGAAUCGAUAUCUUGCAGCCGGCGGGGUUAAAGGAGACAGCCAUUUCCCUUGGCAUUCGCUCUCCAAUUUGUCGAAAAUACGGCAGGACCUCGAUGUCUGGGCGUCUGGGACCCAAGAAGUCUUCUCUUCUGUCGAGAACCUUUUCGGCCAACCCGAUAGUACGAAUCUUGUUCUUAGCAAGCUGGUUUAUCAUCUUAUCCAUUCCCUCAUAUACCGCCCAUUCCUCCCUAUUGACCUGGUCGAGCUUGCUGGAACUGGCCAGCACCAAUCUUGGCAAAUUGAAGCUACAAACCUCUGCUUUCUGCACGCAAAUGCCAUUGCAGAGCUUGUAGAGCUGGGUAAGCAGUCUCAGUCCGUCGAGUGGCCCGCCUUUGUAGGCUACUGUAUAUGUACGGCAGGUACAGUUCAUGUCCAUGGUUCACAUUAUCGGGGUAGCUUUGAAGGGGAAGUGUUUUCUGCCUCAGCCGAGUUUUUAUCUAGAGAGAUGAAACAGCUAUCAGAGCUGAGAUAUGCAUGGUCGUCUGUCCAACACCAACGAGAGACCCUACAAACCAUGUAUAGCCGCCAUUCGGAACUAGUUAACUCCCUUGCCAGCAAUCCAAUGCGUUACAGCCCCGUCUUCCACCUAGAAGACUUUUUCGAUCGCUACAAUGAUCUUGGCCAGUCAUUUGAUGGAGCGCACAUAUCCUUUGCCGAUAUCCUUGUUGACCCAGGCCAAGAAACGUAUUCUGGGCAUGGUCUGUAUGCGCCCAGGACCGAUGGUAAAGCGUCAGAUCCACCACCUAUAAGGCAAGGCACAAAACGCAAAUCCUUCUCCUCACGCCGGAAGCACAUCGAUCUUAAAGUCGCCCAUCGAAAUUCUCACUCCGAAGCCUCAUUCAUGUCGCCAAAUGGCAUGAAUGAACCCGCUACUACCGCAGGGCAAUCGGAAAAUAGCCCCAAUUCCGGGCUCACGCAACAGCAACAAUCUUUGCUUGAUCCAUCUCCCUUAACGCCGUUUCCUCCGAAUUCGGCACUCACACCUAAUCUAUCACGCACACCAUUUUCACCACCAUAUACAUUUAAUUCAUUGAAUCCGGCCGACACUUACGACCCGAUGUUUGGAAUACCCCAGAUGGGCUUCGGGUACGGAAAUGGAAUUGGAAAUAACAACAUGAACGAGGGGAUAACUCCUGGCACAACGAGUACCGGGGAGAGCACAGGCACAGCGGGUACCAGCAACGAGGAGAAAGACCCAUUCCUGAGUUUGCUAGAGCAACUAGCGGAGAAUGAGCACAGUAGAGGAGGGCCAAGUGAACUAGACUUCUUUCUAAGCGGGGGCAAUGGUUAG